CUCCCCCCACCACCACCACACAUGCGAGGCAUGUCUUCCGCACAGCGCUCCUGCGUCCGCGCAUGAAUCCACCGCGCGGUCGAGUCUCCCCAGCGAAGCGGGCUACUCCACCGUAGAGCACCGCGGUGUGUUGGUCCCUCGGCCCAACCACCGCAGCCGCCCCGGCAGCUGUGCCCUCUGCUCCCGCUGCCAGUCCCCGUCAUGACCUCCCCUUCAUGCCGCUCUGACGAGAUUCGCUAAAUGGGGUUCGUGGGCGGCUCGAGGUUUCCAACCGCAACUGGCCAUCCGCUUCCAUUAUUUCUCUAAUGAGGACAGCCAUCGGGAUUUAACUCCGUUCCCCUCUGCGCGUAUUUGAUUUUUUAUUUAUUUUUUGUAUAGGGGGGAGAGAGCGGCUGCAUCUACAGACGCAUCAAAGGUCUGCAUAUGGGGGCGGGCAAGAGCAAGCCCAAGGAGCCGGGCCAGCGCUCCAUGAGCCUGGACGGCACCAUCGGCACCGGCUCCGACAGCGGCCACUUCCACCACCUGAGCCCGGCCCAGCAGACUCAAACGCCCAACAGGAGCCCCGCCGUCGGGACGGGCAGGCGUGGGCACCAAGGGCACCACCAGCUCGCCCCGACAAACACUCCUGAGCUGGCUCUGUUCGGAGGGGUGGACCACACGGGCACCAUCACCUCGCCCCAUAGAGGAGGUGUCACUACAUUUGUGGCGCUGUACGACUACGAGUCCCGGACAGCGUCGGAUCUGACCUUCAGGAAAGGGGACAGGCUGCAGAUUGUCAACAACACGAAAAAGUACAGCUUCAGAGAAGGGGACUGGUGGCUCGCUCGCUCCCUGACGACAGGAGGGAGCGGUUACAUCCCCAGUAACUAUGUGGCUCCGUCAGACUCCAUCCAAGCAGAAGAGUGGUAUUUUGGGAAGAUCACUCGGCGCGACUCCGAGAGGCUCCUGUUGAACUUGCAGAACAGACGAGGAACCUUCUUGGUGAGGGAGAGCGAGACCACUAAAGGGGCAUACUGCCUGUCGGUGCUGGAUUAUGACAACACCAAAGGCCUCAACGUUAAACAUUACAAGAUCAGGAAGCUGGAUAGCGGAGGUUUUUACAUCACCUCCCGCACGCAGUUCAGCAGCCUUCAGCAGCUCGUCUUCCACUACCGCAAGCACUCUGAUGGGCUGUGCCACGCUCUAUCGGACGUGUGUCCUGUGGCCAAACCUCAGACCCAGGGACUGGCCAGGGACGCCUGGGAGAUCACCCGAGAAUCCCUCCGCCUCGACCUUAAACUGGGACAGGGCUGCUUUGGAGAGGUCUGGAUGGGCACGUGGAACGGUACAACACGGGUAGCCAUUAAGACCCUGAAGCCCGGCACCAUGUCGCCAGAGGCCUUUCUUCAGGAAGCACAGGUCAUGAAGAAGCUCCGGCACGAGAAGCUGGUCCAGCUGUACGCUGUUGUGUCUGAGGAGCCCAUCUACAUUGUGACAGAAUACAUGAGCCAAGGCAGCUUACUGGACUUCCUUAAAGGAGAUGCAGGAAAGAUGCUUCGUCUUCCUCAGCUAGUAGACAUGUCUUCUCAGAUUGCCGCAGGCAUGGCCUACGUGGAGAGGAUGAACUACGUCCACAGAGACCUGCGCGCUGCAAACAUCCUGGUGGGAGACGGCCUGGUGUGUAAAGUAGCCGACUUUGGUCUGGCAAGACUCAUUGAAGACAACGAGUACACUGCGAGACAGGGAGCUAAGUUCCCAAUCAAAUGGACGGCCCCAGAGGCGGCUCUGUACGGUCGCUUCACCAUCAAGUCGGACGUCUGGUCCUUCGGCGUGCUGCUCACGGAGCUGGCGACUAAAGGCAGAGUCCCCUACCCAGGUAUGGUGAACCGCGAGGUGCUGGACCAGGUGGAGCGCGGCUACCGGAUGCCCUGCCCCUCUGAGUGCCCCGGCUCUUUGCACGAGCUCAUGCUCUCCUGCUGGAGGAAGGACCCAGAAGAGAGGCCUACGUUUGAGUACCUGCAGGGCUUCCUAGAGGACUACUUCACCUCCACGGAACCCCAGUAUCAGCCCGGGGAGAACCUAUAGAACCACACACUGAACCGAAACCCGUUGAAGGGGGGGGGGGGGGGGACGACCUGCACUAACCGACCUCAGAGGAGCGCCUGUGAAACUCAACUGGGAGAAACUUGAGAUUCUUCUGUGCAAACAAAACAAACAAGCGAGACACCUGCAGAAGUCCCAUCAUGUGCCAUAAAGAAACUGUUACCGAAGAACCCGCUCGCUCACCGCUGACUGAAGGUCUCCUUGCCGAAGUGAGGUUCAAGGCUGUGAACGAGAAGACUCCGGCUCUGAUUUGUGUGUUUUUGAGAGGUGCGACGGGCUCUACAGACGGAGCGAGGAGAAAAAGAAUAAAGCUUUUGCCUAAUAGAGAAGGUGAAGUCGUGUCUGGUACAUUUCCCCGCCCACAGAAGAGCACUGCCACUGUGGCUCAGGUGCCAAAGGAAAGUCUGUCUCUCUCUCUCUCAGCAUCCUUUCAUCUCCCUUCUGCCUCUCUUUUCUCUAUUUUCAGUAUCUCCCUCCAGUUUUCUCAAGUGCUGCUUCUUCAAAGUGUGUCCGAAUAAAUCGGCUCUGGAACUCUACUUUGCAUCUUUUAUUUAUGUUUCACUUGGACAAUAUGCGUCCUGUGGUUGACGGUUUUUGUUCAGUGGCAACAGGUUUCCGUGGUAAAUGUACUCAACAGGCAGGUUCUGUGACACUGAAAGUUCGGUCGAUUGAGUUAACAUUUGAAGCCUUUCUCUCUCUUGUCAAGCUGGAUCCCAUCUCGACAAUUAAAAAUGAUUCUGAAGUAUUGUUUUGAAUGCUCAUUGUUUUACCUUGAUUUCACUGGACCGUUGCAUUGACGAUAUUCAUCACUGUUGUGGAGGCACACAUGGGGUAACUUUCCUGAAACAUGUCUGACCUACUAAGAAGCUGAUAUGGAAACCAAUCAUAAUACUGUUUAAUAUUCAACUCGAACCAAGCUGGGGAAAGAUCCCGAGUAAAAGUGUCAAGCAAAUCACAUUGCUUUCCUGAAACCCAUGUAUAUAAUGUUUUAUCAUCAAGAGGGUGAGGGUAGGUCUUUAACAGGCAACUGUUUACUUACAUUUUACAAGAAAACUCUGCACCAUUUCCCCAGUAAACGUCACAGAUAAACCUUUUUAUCACAGAUUCAAACAGUUUUCAUUCACUUCACAGCAUUUGUGACCUUAAAUAUAUGCAAUCAGGCGGCCCUAAUGAAACUAACACUUUGAUCAGGUACCUCUAAUAAAACUGUGCUUAUGACUUUACUAUGAGAGUUGAUUUUAAAACCAGUUAGCAUGCUUGUGUGCCGUUCUUCUCUUGACCAUUGGCUGGGUUUAAUAUUUAUGCUGUACUGUACAGCAACAUGUGUAUGUUUACUUUACUCACGGUUCAGGUGAGGCGACGGGAACAUAAACUGACUUCUGAACUUUUGUGCCAUCAACCUCUAAGUUUUUUUUUUAAUAUCUAUAUAUCUUACCCACUGCUGCCAGUUCUCACUGUCAUUCUGUACAUACUGUAGCUCUUAGGGUUGGUUUUGUAUCAUGUAAGCCACUUUCAGAUGGCAGGUAUUUAUGUUGGCUGUCACACAUGUCACAGUGGUUUAGUUUAUGAAGUAGUCAAUGCAGCAACAGUAGAUAUACAGUUAGAGAUUGUUGUCAAACAUGAUGAAACGGUUAACAAAAUAUGAACCGUGCAGCAAUAAGAGAUGGUCCGUGCCCUCUAAAACCAUUCAGUUAUUAUUGCGCUGAUUAUUCAUCAUGACGGCUAAUUUAAUCAAUGAUGUGGACGAUUCUGGCGUUGAAGGCGAUUGGGUUGUGAUACGACGUGAACAAUGAGGUCAAAGAUGUAAAUAGUAUCUUAAACAAAUGACUGUGACUAUCAUGUAAUUUGUUUUUAUAAUUUUUCUUUAAUUGCAUCUCCACACUGAGGUUUUUACAGUGACGCACGCCUGGUCCCAACAUAUUUUAAUAACAUGCUACUGUAAAUGGGGCUUGAGGAAUGUUUUCUUUUUUAAUAAUGGACUUAUUAUUUCUGAAAAAGACAAUUGAAAAUUGGGCUUGACAUAUAUAUAUGUAUUUAUAUAUAUAUGUGUAUGUGUAUAUGUAUGUGUAUAUAUGUAUACAUAUAUAUAUAUAUAUUUCUGGGAACAUCUUAACAGUGCUUUCCUCUUAAGGAACUGGAAAUCCCCGUUUUUUGUUCUGACGCACUGAACUGGUACAAUGUGGAAGUUGAUGGGCUCAUGACUAAUGAGUAACAUUAAGGUCUAAUUGGAGUUUAUGUGCCAUAUAAAAGAAAUGUCUGUUUUUGUUUUGUUUUUAUGAAUCUAUGCAGUUUCGGUCUGGCCUUCCUGCAAAGUCAAAAUCAAGGAUCAUAAAGAAGAAGGUGUGAGCAUUUUGUAACAUAUUUUUGUCUUUUUGUUUCCAAUGUAAGAGAAUUUAAAUGGGUAUUGUGCCACUUUCUGUUGAUCUUUAAAUGUGCAAUAAAUUAUAUUUCAAACGUG